CUUCCUUACUUUUACCUUGAAGGUAAUGCCCUCAAUUGGUUCGAUGGGCUAUUCCACAAUAAGUAAUUCCAUGAUUGGAAGCAUUUCAAGGAGAAACUAAUUCUAUAUUUUGGGAAAUCACAACUUCGAUGCUAUGAUGGGGCGUUUGGACAAACCUUCUCAUGCUUGUUCAAACGAAUUGGGUUAUGCAACAGUAGUCCCACCAGAGGCCCAAGUGUCUUCCUUUAUCAAUUUCCAUAUCCCCAACUCAAUUGGGUGCCAAUCUGCUUUGAAAGAUGAAACUUCAAAUGCGGACCAUUUGUUCGUUGAAAGGCUAGUUAUAGUUGUGAGCCUAGAAAGUCAUGAUCCUAAUACUUGUUUAAUCGAUGGAAAACUUUUAGCAACUUCCAUAGAUGAGGUUUUCGAGGAAAGCUUGGGAAAUAAGGAAAACUUAGUCAAGUCUAACUAUUCAGUCAAUGACUAUUAUACAGAAAUAGAAGACCACAUAUUCGACGAAAUAUCGCAUCAAAACAGUAGCUCCGAGGUGUUCAUUAUUGAGGGAUAAAAUUCCAAAGUCCUUACUAAUAUGAGCAGAUCUGAAUUAAUAGAUGCAACAUCAGAGGAAGAUGAGGUGCUCAAUGAAAAUUCCCAUAGAAUUUCAUUCUAGGAGAUAAGGCCAAGUGCAACUCGGGUAUCACGUCUAGUUCCUUUUGAUGGCCGAGAAUCUGCAGUGCAAAAUAAGCAUCUUGAACGUGAUAUGCCAACAAGAUUCUACAGAGAACGAGGAGGCACAUACACUAUUUGAUGCAGUUGGGAAAAAAUGAAGUUGUUUAUUUGCAAAAUUGUCUAAUAUGAAGCAAUUAGGUGGAGUUGAAUUCGGUGUUACGGUCUUUUAUCCCAUGCAUCAUGAUAUAUGUUUUCGGGUGCCUAAGAAUAUUGAGGAUCCACAUCUUGAUAAAUUUUUUAUGGAGUUUGAGUGUGGCCUUCUAAAAGAACACGCUCUAGUUCACAAAACAAUGUUUACUUCUCUGUCUAUUGUCUUUGAUCCUGGUGGGGUAAAUACUUGCCUUUGUGCGACGAGCGAGCAACUUCUCUUUAGUCUAAUGAAAGACUUAACUACAGAAACUUAUGAUACACCACAACAGUACAUAAAGACGCAUGCUGCGGUAGCUGCACUUGCUGCCAUGUUACAAAAGUGGGUAGUACUUGAAUUAAGGAGUGGAUCUAAAGUGAAGCUUCGAGCUAUACAGGGUGCUGGUUACACAUUUUCUGGUGUCAUUGAAGUAGUAGAGUUGGUUGCAUGCCAUAGAUUACAUCAUGGCUUAGGUGAUGCAUUUAUUUAUGGUAUCCUCUUGAACAAGUAUAGGAUUGCGGGGCAGGUUAUAACUAAACUCAAUCUGAUAAUGCUCAAGAGUUCCACUAUAAAUCGAAAAGAUCAUGGUUGUAGUUGGUUGAUAGCAGGUGCAAUAGAGAGAUUUAGUGUAGAGCGUGCUUCUAAAACUAUUUAUCAGUUCUUCAAGGAGACCAAUUCUAGCUUCGACGGGUUUGAGCAUGUUAAGGAGUGGGCACAAGAAAUCAUGGUUAUAGGUCUUGUUAUGCAUACUUGUAUAGUGGUUACAUUUGUGAACACAUCUUCAGUUGCUAAUUCUGGUGUUAAUAACAUGACAAUGAUUAUUGUGGGUAAAAGCAAUAUUUUCUUAGUUAGGGAUGAAAAUGGCACCGACAAGACUGAAACCGCUACGAUGUUUAUGCCCUAUCUUGCCUAUUUUGGUGGUCAUAGAACCAUUGAAAGGUGGGAUGUGGAAAAACUAGUUUUGGAGUCAUAUCCAGUUCUUGACGCACAUAGCAGUGUCAAAACAAUUAGAAAUACCAAAUCAAUCCAUCAAAGUAAAAUUGUGGAGCAGUUUGUCCAAAAUGGAAGGCCAACUAGUGUAGCAACCAAGGAGGAGAUCAAAAGGUGUCAUUUGGGGGAUCCAAAAUUAUUUAACUAUCUCAAUCAUUUUAAAUUCUAUGAAAUCCUAGCCGUUCGUGAUGGUUGGGAUAUUUUUGAAACAAGGAUGGCUAUGAAAAUUAUUGGUAUUAUCAAGCAAGAGCAGGAGGAAAUUAUAAGAGUGGUGGCCUUUGUUCUUCAUCUUGCUACCAGUGACACACAUUCGAGCCUCGCAAUUAUGAUAUCAAUGUUGAUUUGUUCGAACCUUGAAGACAAUGUUCUUAUUGAGGUCGGAAGUAUUGUUAUGAAUCGACCCCAACUCUAUAUGGACACCAACAAAAAUGUCACACAAAUAGACACUAGGCCGAGAAGAAGCAAUUGGGCCAAGCCUUCACAAAGGUUAAUCUGGGAUCCAGGCUGAGGGCGUCGUUAAAUAGUAUGGGGUAUCGCUAUCAGUAGGCUAUUAUAAAUCAUGUGCCAAGGCAACUCUUUGUUUCUCAUCCCCGUUUCUUCUGGUAUCUCAGCACCUUCUUCAGUUUAUCUUCGCAUCUCCUUCUUCAGUCUAUCUAUCCAUAGUUGUUACUUUCAACAUUUCUGCAUUUCCGUUUGCACUUUAGCCAAUUGAGUCGUUGCAUUUACUUUCGAAGAUUGUAAUUGAACUCCAACUUUAUUAAUAUAAUUGAGUAUUUUGGUUACUGUUCCAUUGGAAUCUAAGUUCGUUCCAAGUUCAACCCUCAUUGCAUCCAUAGAUGGAUGUCCAAUUCUGCUACAUGCCCAGUCUAUUG